AUGGAUUUGGUACCAGCCCCAAAAGGGGAGGCUUCAGUAAAGACCACCGUGGUCGAAGUGGAGGCCGUGGAUAUGGAGGCACAGUACGACAUGGAGGACGACGCGCCGGACCUCGCGCUUGAGAUAUCGUCGGAUUUGGAGUCGGACAGCGAUGAUUCCGACGGAUGGGAUAAUCUGUCUAACUGCGAUGAGGCGAUCCAGUUCCUACGCGAUGACCAGAUCCGCGACGGCCUCGUUCCCGGUGCCUGUACUCUAGAAGAGGCGACUGCAUAUCGACAACGUCUACAUGCGAUUGGUAAGGCGGCGUUCGUGGAAGAGACCAUCCUCCGCGAAACCGUCACGGCCAAAAAGCUAUGCACGGCAUUUGGAAUCGCGCCCCCGGCAUUCCUCGAUGGUGCGCCAGAUGAGUCUUACCAUUCUCUUCUGGCGAUCGCGAUCUCGCGCGAGUUCUCUCGGAGGCCCAAGCUUCCCCAGUACAACUCCAUCGACGAUGCUGUUCGGCUCCUUCGCGAGUCUCGGAACAUCAUCGUUCUGACGGGCGCAGGUAUCUCAACAAGUCUGGGGAUUCCCGAUUUCCGUUCUAAAGAUACCGGACUCUACUCAAAACUGGCGCACCUAGGUCUGAGCGAUCCACAAGAAGUCUUCGACAUCCAUAUCUUUAGAGAAGACCCGAACAUUUUCUUUUCCAUUGCCAAGGAUAUCCUCCCAACGGAAAAGAAAUGGUCGCCCACCCAUGCAUUCAUUCGGCUUCUGCAAGACAAGGGCAAACUGUUGACCAACUACACGCAGAAUAUCGAUAACAUUGAAGCAAAUGCUGGGGUGCGCCCGGAAAAGAUUGUACAAUGCCAUGGAUCCUUUGCGACGGCCACCUGCGUGAAGUGUGGAUUCAACGUUCCUGGCGACGCGAUCUUCGAUGAUAUCAGGGCGGGAAACAUCCCCCACUGCACCGCCUGCAAGGAGAAAAUCGCAGAAGAAGGACUAAAGCCGCAAGGUCUUAAGCGCAAGCGAAGUUCCAAUGGUCAACAGAAAGACCGCAAGGUCUCCGACGACAGUUCAGAUGAGGACGACUAUGAAAUCCCGACUCCUGGGGUGAUGAAGCCUGAUAUCACAUUCUUUGGCGAGGAUCUACCCGAUGAGUUUGGCGAACGUCUACUUCACCAGGAUCGGGAACUCGCAGACCUGGUCAUUGUGAUCGGAACCUCGUUGAAGGUAGCCCCCGUGGCUGAAGUACCAGGAAUCCUACCUCGCAACGUCCCACAGAUCUACAUCUCGCGCACUCCGGUGUCACAUACCGAGUUCGAUAUUGAUCUCUUGGGUGACUGUGAUGUGGUGGUAUCCGAACUUUCUCGUCGGGCUGGUUGGGACCUACAACAUCAUAUGAUACCAGCUGACGAGAAGGUAGAUAUUACCUCGGCGGAUGGAUAUGAAUCACGACAUGUUUUCAAGGUAGUCGAUGCAUAG